AUUUAGAUUUUAACAAUAUUAGAACAAUUGUGAAUGCAGUGAGGCCUUUACAUGUUUAAUGCAUGCAGUUGCAAUUGCCUCUGGUAGAGUUAUAACAACAAUGGCUGCAAACAAUGAAGUAGCUGUGCCUAGAAGAAACAGGGACAAUGUGAUGACUGGUGAAUUACCUGAUGAUUUUCUUCGCAUUCAAGGUGGUGGCGCUUCUCCAGCAAUGAUGCCAGCAAAUCCUGUUAUGUUUGGAGGCCAUCAACAACUUGGUGGAAUCCUAAGUAUCACCAUCGUACAGGCACGACUAGCAAAGAAUUAUGGUGUAACUAGAAUGGAUCCAUACUGCAGAGUAAGGAUUGGAAUGCAAGUAUUUGAAACGCCAACUGCAUAUAAUGGGUCCAAAUCACCCAGAUGGAACAAAACCAUACAAUGUCAUAUACCUGACCAAGUCAAUGAAUUCUACUUUGAAAUUUUUGACGAGCGAACGUUUUCAAUCGAUGAGAGGGUCGCUUGGGGAAUGAUCAAAAUAAAAGAUGAAGUAUUUAAUGGUGAGUCUGUUGAGGAUUGGUACACGUUGAGUGGAAAGCAAGGAGACGAGAAGGAAGGCAUGGUCAACCUCGUACUGCAGUACAGGAAAUCUAACGCAGCACCCACGAUGAUGGGACCAAUGAUGGGCGGACAGAUGGUGAUGCAACCCAUGGUUUAUCCAGGUGGCUACGUAUAUGGCUACCCACCCAUGAUGUAUUCACCGCAGAUGAUGGCGCAAGUACCUAUGCAACAACAACAGCAGCAGCAACAGCGUCAGAAUGUACCUGCACCCGUGCAAAUCAACCCGAAGGAUUUACAAACGUUGAAAGAAAUGUGUCCUGAACUGGACGAUGAAAUUAUUAAGGUGGUAUUACAAGAAACAGGUGGGAACCUGGAUCGAGCUGCUGCCACGUUGGUAGAGAUGAACAAUUCGUAAUCGCAUCCUAUGCUUUAAGUAAUUACAGGGUUCACAGCCAAUCUGGACAUCUGGAAAACCCGCGAAUUUUCAGGAUAUUUUAAAAUUAGCCAUUUUUUUAAAACAAAAAUCAUAGGGAAUUUUGGAAGAAAAUCAGGCAAAGGGAAGUGAAUCUUCUCUCGAUUCUUACUGUUCUGUUUGAAAAUGAUUGAAUACGUGAUGCGUUAACAAAAAAUAUGAAUGUUAUAUCAGGGAAAACAGAGAAUUUGUUUUGUGUUUUGGCAGGGUAUCCUGAAUUAGCAGCCUGGAUACUAAGUUGUUUCGUCGAAUAAUAUUUUAAAAAAACUUUUUAGUGAAGUAUCUGUAUUUUUUUGCGUGACAAUUGUUGUUAUGCUUUUAAAGGGUAAUAAAAAUAAAGAUGUUAAAUGCUACAUCAUUCAGUUUAUUGCAACUGGAUCUUCUUUCUUUGAAUUUACUUUUAAUUUGGUAUCAUUUUAAAAGAUUUGAUAUAUGUUAGUUGUGAAUGUCCUUCUUAUUUUGUAAAUAUGAAAUUCCAGAGGAAGUUUCAGUUUCAGCAUUGCAAAGUUGAAAUUGCCGAAUUUGAUUUGUAAUUUAUCAAUAAAAUAUUUUUUGGAUUUUUUUUGUUAGCUGUAGCUUGUUAAUGCAGUAUUGAAUAUUUCACUUGA